AUGGCCAUUCCUCCUGGUAGAAACACUGCUGCUAGUGAUCAAAGACUCGAAUUUCUAAGGAAAGUUGCAGAGCUAAAUCACGUUAAUACACCAUUAAAAAAACUGCAUUACAAGAAAGUUAACAAGAGACAUAAAUCAGUGAAACAACUUCUCUCUGAUGAAAACAAAAGAAUCAAUGCAGUGCUCAGUUCUGAAGUCAAGCCCAAAGUCAACGUCACCUAUUUCACUUUGAACGCUCCGCCUUCUCUAAGGCCAGCCAAGAAAUACUGUGAUAUUACUGGUCUAAAAGGCAAUUACAAGUCCCCCACAAACAACCUCAGAUACCACAAUUCUGAAAUCUAUCAAGCUGUCAUCAAACCAAUGCCAUCCGGUAUUGAUCAAGAGUAUUUGAAAUUGAGAGGCGCAAACUUCGUCCUCAAAUAA